GCCGGAACUGCUUGCUUGCUGCCUGGCUGGCUGCUGCUGGGACUUGGCGUUGCCGCUGAAAAUUCAGCAUUCAGUAUGAAACGACAAAGCGCCGUAUGCGCACGGUGAACGAAUCGAGAGCGGAUCAAAGUUUGUGUUGACGUUGAUGUGGAAAUAAAUGUGGAAGAAGCAGCAGCAGCUGAUUUGUUGAAGAAUUGUAGGAUGUAAUGACAGUAGUGCGAAAUAAAAUUAAAAUUGGCGCAAACGAAUUUCAAUUAAAGCGAAAAUUUAAUUUAAUCAAUAAUAUUUAAUGAAAAAUAUAAAAAUUAGAAGAAAUAUUAUCUGAAAGUGUUGUUGAAGUGGAAGCGAAACUGUUGUUCCUUGACGAGUAACGUCUUGUGGUACGCCCUUACGUGGGCCAUUGUAGUGAACGUGUGUGCCAGCUUAUAAGCGAAAAUUUGUCAGUAUUCGCAACGUCUGCCAACAACAACUACAACAAAUGUGAAUUCGGAAAUAUUUUUAUUGCUGGCAAAUAAGGGACAAGCACGCAACGAGGCGGCUGCUCAUCAACAACGUUCAUCAACUCGAUGAGUGACAAUUUAAGCAAGCCAAAAAUAAACGGUUUUACGCGUAAAUUACAACAACAACAAUACGAAAUAAAAAAUACAAUAACAGCAAUACAAAAACAAAAAAAUAAAUCAAGCGCACAAGGCAAAAAGCCUACGACGAAGGCGCUAAAUACAUACAGAAAUAAGAGCAGCGAAGAAAAGUAUAUCUGUUGAAUGCGUGAGUGAUCUAUUUUUGCCGGUCGCAUUAACGGUAAACGUGUGUGCUGCUGCUAGUGCGUGCGUACGUUCGGCGCUGAGGGUCAAGUGUGUGCAGUGGAAAUUAGUGAAAAUUUGUGGAAAAAAAUCGGCUAAAAAAAUAUUACAAAAACAACAAAAAAUUAAAACUAGCAGAAUACUUCAGCGCGAGAAUAAUAUUUAUUACUUAUAAAUCCAAACUCAAACAUAAAUAAAAAACCAUAGAAUAUAGAAACAAAAACAAAAUCAAAAACAUGACAGCCAACAUCUACAAAAUGCUCUUGCUGCUAUUUGCAACAGUUUGCCUCUGCAGCGCAUUGCCCUCCCCCGAACCGCAACCACAACCGGAACCGGCACUCUUAAGCAGCUAUAAGCCCUCGUUCAUAGCGAAUCCAGCCAUCUACAGCUACACGGUGGCAAGCAAUCAGGCACAACAACAAAAGCAGCAACAACAACAACCGCAAGUUAAACAACAAGAGUACACAAAAACUUUACUCAGCAAUGAUAUUGACUAUAACAGCAAUGCCAAUAGCAAUAGCAAUGACAACAACAAUAACAACAACAAUAAUUACUUCAAUUAUGCCAGCAACAGCAAUAAUGAACAAUUUACUAGCAGCAGCAGCUCGAGUGAUUCGACUUAUCAGCGCUACACCGGCAGCAAAUUGGGUGGCGUUUCUAUGGCUACACCAACAACAACAACCACAGCAACACCCACUCAACCUUUGCCAGUGAGCGGUUGUCAAUUAGAUCGUUUGGCUGUUUAUAAGGUCGUCUUGCAUACAUAUUGGACGCGUGAUCUAUUCCCCAAACAUUAUCCGGAUUGGAGGCCCACAGCGCAGUGGACGAGAACUUUAGGUCGCACCCACGACUCGUCUUAUGCACUCUUUCACAUCGGCCAGCAGGCAACGGCGGGUGUUAAACAAUUCGCUGAAACUGGCAAAAGUGAUUUGCUGGACAGCAUUGUUGGCGAACAACAACAACAACAGAUGCAACAUCAACAACAGUUACAACAACUGCAACAACAAAAUGUCGCUAACGGAAAUUCAUUUGCCGGCUUUGUGCCAACGGCGAACGCAGUGAGGGGUGAACGCAGCGUUUUCGACGAGUUCAACAUACCAGCGGUGCUGGUGGGCGACGGCCGGCAGGAGACGAAAUUCUUUGUCGACAGCAAUCACAGUAUGGUGUCGCUAAUGACGCGCAUUGUGCCAUCACCCGAUUGGUUUAUCGGCGUCGAUUCGUUUCAGCUCUGCGUCGGUGGCUCAUGGAUUGAUACGGUGACCGUUGAAAUGGAUCCGCUGGAUGCGGGCACCGAUAAUGGCUUCACCUUUACCGCACCCAAUUGGCCGACAUCGCCGCAAGGUGUCAUCUAUCGUAUCACCUCACGCUAUCCAGCACACCCGGCAAGCAGUUUCUUCUAUCCGAAGAGCAAACGUUUACCGCCGAUAGCGACAUUUCAAUUCAUUAAGUUGAAGGAGUACGAGCUGAGUGAAGUUUUCAACUUUGCCGAAGACGAUCGCAAAUAUGAGACGGUGAAGACGCAAACACACUUGGAAGCGGAACAUGACUCCACCAUCACUAAUAAUGAGCUUUCCGCCAGCAUUGAACGAGAACGGCAAAAUGAAAUAUCCGCACAGCCCACAUCGGUGACGGAGAGAGAUCGCAUACGCUCGCGUUUAUUGGCUAAAAUGAAUCCAGGCUACAAUAACAACAACAGCAAUGCAGCCGCCAACGGUAAUGCCGCGAAUGUAGUAGUGCCGAAAAAUGAUAAAAAUGCCAUCAUGCAGAACAUCGCCAACAGCUAUCAACGCGGAGCGGAGGCGAGCACAAACACCAGCGCUACAGCCACCAAUUGGUUGGGUCCACUGCCGCCGAAGCGACGCCGCACGAAAUCACGCACGAAGUCACGCGAUUGCCGUGUCAGCCAUUGGUCCGAGUGGUCGGCCUGCAGCAAAACGUGCGGCAUCGGUGAGAUGCAUCGAUAUCGCAAGGUCAUCCGGCAUGGCAAGCGCGGCGGACGGCCAUGUCCAGCGCUGCAGGAGUCCAAGUGGUGCGGCACUGAGAAGGGUUGCCACUCGCCGGCGACCUAUUUCAAUUGGUCCACUACAUGAAGGACGCAGCGCAGUACACGUAGUUCGUAAAGUAAGCGUAUGAUUUCUUUUACAAAACAAAACAAAAAACAAAAUAAAAAAAUAAUAAUAAUUAAUGAAAAUAUAUAAUAAAAAAAGGAUAAUAAAUGAAGAUAAAUAAAAUCUUAAAAAUAUUUUGAAACAAACAAAAUAUAUGUAAAAAUGUGGAGAAAUAUUGAAAAAUAUUGAAAAAUAAUUAAAUAUUUACAGAAAUAUAUGCAAGUAUAUAUGAAGUAACAAACAUGUAAAAAAGAAAAAAAAAUUGUACGAUCAUAAUUAGCUUGUUUUUGCAAGGCUUUCUAAAAGAUUUGAUCCGCUUUACAAAUUUUUUGGAAA